GUAUCAGAUUACUAUAUCAAGAUAAAUUAUUUAUUAUAACAAAAUGUAAAAUUAGUAUUAUAUUUUUUGCUAUAGGAGGUGGAUCACAUGAAAGUCAGUAUGACCCUAUAAUGGAAAAGAUUCACGAUAUAAUAAAACCUUCAGUUGAUGGUUUAACUAAUGUAUUUGAUAAUGAUAAUAUAGAAAAUAAUCAAAAUUCAUAUUGUGAAAAUGAAUUAGAAGAUAAUAAUACUCAAGGUAACACUGUACCGGUAGAAUACUUAUUUGAGGAGAUACCUUCAUCUGAUACAGAAGAUUCUGUACUAAAGUAUGUAAAUACAAUCCAAGAGACACCAGAAAUAUCACAGUACACAGAAUCAUUUCCUGCCUUGGCAAGCAUUAAAAAAAGGAAAUUAGAUGAUAUGAAAAUAGAUAUAUUUAAUAAAAACACGGCAUUUAAACAAAACGGUCAAAAAAAUAAGCAACAUUAAUUUACAGGUAUGUUAAAAAUAAUAAAAUAAUAAAAUAAGUAAUAAAACAUGACUCUCCAUAUUUCUUUAUUAAUAUGUUUUGAUGUUACA